AGAGUAGGAGCUUCGCUCACGGAACGGAGCCCGGUUAGUCUGUCCUGCCGCGCUAGUCGUGUCAAUUCGAGACAUUCCCUCGCCCUCUGUCCGGCAAACUAGGAUACCUCGUAAACCGGAUUUCAUUCCUUCCUCAAAACAGAGUCUUUAGUUUCCAUUCGAACCAGCAGCAAGAACUGCUCGAAGAAACAUCUUUACCGCCACACUCCGUUCAUCUCGCUACACGGCUCAGGAAUACAAAGUUUUAUCACUUUUAACCGCCUCUUCGAGACUGAACGCAUAUUAUUUGUUUUUAUUUUUAAAGAAACAUCUGGAGUUUUUCGGCUUCUUAACGACUUUGGCUUGGAUAUAGGCUACAUGCGCGCGUCUUCCCUUUGCGCCGUUUCCUCAGUGGUUCCCUUGAAUGUUGCUGGUGUGGAAUACAUGAAGACUAUAUUUAACGCCGCAGAAGGAAAGAAAGACGGCUCAAAUAACAACUUUACGGAAGACUGAGGAGUUUAUUCAUUACUGUUUCCUUAUCAAGUACGUAUGAUAUUACCAUGUGUGUGGGGCGAGAGUCUUCGCCGCCCCUUUUAGACCAGAAUUAGUCAGUGUGGUCCCGGAGUAAAGGCUAAAUCAGUGUCUUCUCGAUCUCGCGCACACUCCUCACCAUUCUUUUCCUUUCCCCCAGCGGUUAUUUAUUUCCAUGGAAUAACUGAUUCGGAAAACGACUGAACGACAAGGAGUUUUUUUCCCACCGCCUGUAAUUGACAGGCGGUUUAGGGUUGGCUCUUCUCCGGAGAAUGCUCAAUGAUCGAUGGGGAAUCAUGAACAGCUCACCGGAACUCGAAGACGGACAGCGGGGCAAAAACCAGACGUUCUGUAAGUGUGUGCCCAUCUCCUCUCAGCUCAAACAUCGCUGGUCAGACUCAGACACAGUCAGACAAACAGCGCCCAAGAGGAUGAGUUGUAGUUAUCUGCUGUGUACCAUCCUGCUCUUCGUGGCCGUUCUGCUCGCAGUCACAGUGACAGGAACCAUUCUUCUUAUGAACCACUACCAGGCUCCCCCCAUGUCGGACGGCCCGCCCCAUAUUAGCACCAAUCAGGACGAAGCCAAUGCACUGGUGACAGUCGAGAGGGGUGAUGGAUCACGCAUCAAUAUCUUCAUCGACCCCAACUGUCCUGAUUAUAACAGUAACUUCCUGCGGCUGGAAGGCGUGCAGACAUCUUUGCUGCACUCGCUCACUGACCACGAUACGGAUCUCAAGUCUGUCAAAGGUCAGGAUCGAGCGCUAUUGGUCAACUUGGCAGAGGAAGUUGCUAAGCUGUCUGCUCAUGCGGGUCAGCUGAAGAUGGACUAUGAAUCUCUCAGAAGAGGACAAAGCAACCUGGGACAGGACCUGAAUACACUGCAGACCGAACAAAGCAGACUUAUACAGCUGCUAUCCGAGAGCCAGAUUAACAUGGUGAAGGUUGUCAACUCUGUGAGUGAUGCGCUGAACGCCAUGCAGAAGGAAACAGGAGGCUUGAAGGCCAGGGUGAAGGCUGACCUGCAGAGGGCGCCAGUCAGAGGAGUGCGCCUUAAAGGCUGUGCUAAUGGCUCUCGUCCGCGGGACUGCAGUGAUAUAUAUGCUAGUGGUCAGAGGGAAGAUGGCAUCUACUCUGUUUUUCCCACUCAUUACCCUGCCGGCUUUCAGGUCUACUGUGAUAUGAGCACAGAUGGAGGUGGCUGGACGGUGAUUCAGCGGAGGGAAGAUGGGUCUGUGAACUUCUUCAGGGAGUGGGACUCGUAUAGGGAAGGAUUUGGCAAAAUCACUGGAGAAUACUGGCUUGGCCCCUUUGACCUGCUGGCAUGA